GAAACUGGUCACCAGCAUUUGCUAUAAAUCAAAUAGUUUUUGAGCAAAUUACACCCAAGGCCCGUCGAAUUCGUGUGACAGCUCUGUGAAAUGUUGGUUGAUGCGGUACAGCUGGCGGAUUGGUCCGUAGCAGUAAUGACAUUAGCAUGAAAAUGGUGGUGUAAAAUGACUGGACGACGGGCAGUGUUGACGAACUCUGAGCCCUUGCCAGGAACUGGGGGCGCAGAUCCUUUUCGUGAACUUUUCGAGGCAUGUAAGACUGGUGAUUUAGUAAGGGUUAAACAAAUCGUAACACCGCAAACAGUGAAUGCUCGGGAUACCGCGGGACGAAAGUCUACCCCCUUACACUUCGCAGCUGGAUACGGUAGAAGAGACGUAGUUGAGUUUUUGCUAUCCGCUGGAGCCUCUAUACAAGCUCGUGACGACGGAGGGUUGCAUCCGUUACAUAACGCCUGCUCUUUUGGUCAUUUCGAUGUUGUAAGAUUACUUUUGGAAGCCGGGGCUAAUCCCAAUACCAGAGAUAAUUGGAAUUACACACCCUUGCAUGAAGCUGCUAUCAAGGGCAAAAUAGACGUUUGCAUAGCUCUGCUUCAACACGGAGCUGAUGCUAAUAUCAGAAAUACUGAAGGAAAGACAGCACUUGAAUUAGCCGAUCCAGUGACUAAACCCGUUUUGACUGGGGAAUACAGAAAAGACGAACUAUUGGAGGCUGCUAGAUCUGGCAACGAAGAAAGAUUGUUGCAGCUGUUAAAUCCCUUAAAUGUAAAUUGUCAUGCUAGUGAUGGGAGGCGAUCAACUCCCUUGCAUUUAGCUGCGGGUUAUAACAGAUCGAGAGUUGUGCAAAUUUUACUACAAAACGGAGCAGAUGUGCAUGCCAAAGACAAAGGCGGAUUAGUGCCACUUCACAACGCCUGUUCUUACGGUCAUUUUGAAGUUACGGAAGCUUUGUUGAAACACGGAGCUGCUGUGAACGCUAGUGAUCUUUGGGCAUUUACUCCGCUUCACGAAGCCGCAAGCAAAUCAAGGGCGGAAGUCUGCUCGCUGCUUUUGAGUGAAGGCGCAGAUCCUACGCAACUUAAUUGCCACAGUAAAAGUGCCAUUGACGCAGCACCAACGCUGGAGCUUCAGGAAAGGCUGGCUUAUGAAUUCAAAGGACACUGUCUCCUAGACGCCUGUAGACAAGCGGAUCCAACGAAAUUAAAAAAAUACCUGUCGCAAGAUGUUGUUAAUUUCAAACAUCCCUACACAGGUGAUACAGCUCUGCAUUGUGCUGUUGCAUCGCCUUAUCCAAAACGAAAACAAGUCAUUGAAACUCUGAUAAGAAAGAAUGCAGCUUUGAACGAGAAGAAUAAAGACUUCCUGACACCUCUCCACGUAGCCACAGACCAUUCCCAUUACGACGCGAUGGAUGUCUUAUUGCGGCAUAAUGCAAAAGUAAACGCAUUGGACGGAUUAGGGCAAACAGCUUUGCAUAGGUGCGCCAGAGAGGACAACGUUCAAGCAUGCAGGAUACUGUUGUCAUAUAACAUUGAUCCUUCGAUAGUCUCUUUGCAAGGAUACACGGCAAGCCAAGUUGCAACGGAAAACGUUCUCAAAAUAUUACAAGAUCCGCCGAGUGGAACUGAAGAUAUCGAAGCACAACUUCUUGAAGCAAGCAAAGCCGGAGAUUUGACAGCUGUUGAAAGAAUACUUCAAGCUAGUCCACAUGCAGUGAAUUGCCGGGAUUUGGAUGGCAGACAUUCCACACCCUUACACUUUGCUGCAGGAUAUAACAGAGUGCCUGUCGUCGAAUAUCUUCUAGCGCAUGGAGCUGAUGUUCAUGCUAAAGACAAAGGGGGUUUGGUUCCUCUUCAUAAUGCUUGUUCGUAUGGCCAUUACGAAGUGACGGAAUUAUUAGUUAAGCAUGGAGCAUCUGUGAAUGUAGCAGACCUUUGGAAAUUCACGCCCCUACACGAAGCUGCAGCAAAAGGUAAAUGCGAAAUAGUUCGUUUACUGUUGAGACAUGGAGCAGAUGCAGCUAAAAAGAACAGAGAUGGUGCAACGCCGUUGGACUUGGUCAGAGAAGGUGAUCAAGAUGUCGCUGACUUAUUGCGAGGAAAUAGCGCGCUUCUAGAUGCUGCAAAAAAAGGCAACUUGGCUAGAGUACAAAGGCUGGUUACACAAGACAACAUCAAUUGCAGAGAUGCCCAGGGCAGAAAUAGUACUCCUCUACACUUAGCUGCUGGUUACAAUAACCUGGAAGUAGCGGAAUUCCUUUUGGAACGAGGAGCAGACGUGAACGCACAAGACAAGGGUGGUCUCAUACCUCUGCACAACGCGUCGAGUUACGGUCACUUGGAUAUAGCUGCAUUGCUAAUCAAAUACAACACAGUUGUGAAUGCCACAGACAAAUGGGGUUUCACUCCGUUACACGAGGCUGCACAGAAAGGUAGAACGCAACUUUGUGCUCUGUUGUUAGCACAUGGCGCAGAUCCUUUCUUGAAAAAUCAAGAAGGACAGAGUCCGGUUGACUUGGCAAGCGCAGACGAUGUGAAAUGUUUACUGCAAGAUGCCAUGGCAUCACAACAGGUGGUGCCAUCGGUGCCACCGAGUCGACCACCCAGUAUAAUUGCUGUUCCAGUUACCCCACCUCCUCUGUUGACUCAGGAAACUGUAAUAAUGCCAUCGGGGGCAGCAAUGACCCUUUGUGUGCCAAUGGCUAGACCGACAUCCUGUCUGAGUCCAAUGCCAUCCAUUGAGCCUUAUUCCGAACGAGAGGUCAAAGAAGUAUGCGAGGAUCGUAAUACAAGUGGAAUCACAUCCGUAUCUGGAUUUUUGCAGAGUCUGAGCUUAGAGCAUCUACUGGAGUUGUUUGAAAGGGAACAAAUUACUCUAGAUAUAUUAGCAGAAAUGGGUCACGAAGAUUUGAAGCAAGUUGGAGUAUCGGCAUAUGGCUACAGACACAAAUUAAUCAAGGGAAUGGACAAAUUGCUGUCCUCUGGUGCUGGUGGUUCUCUUUGGCAACCUUCCAUAAAUCCUGGAACUUUAUUAGUCGAUUUGCUAACAGAGGAUAAAGAAUUCUUGGCUGUAGAAGAAGAGAUGCAGAGUACUAUUCGUGAACAUAGAGACAAUGGUCAUUCAGGAGGCAUAUUUUCUCGAUACAAUAUUGUUAGGAUACAAAAAGUGCAGAACCGCAAGCUUUGGGAACGCUAUGCUCAUCGUAGGCAAGAGGUUGCAGAGGAAGUUGGAGCAGCACCCGCUUCUCCAAGUACAACACCCAGAGCUACUCCCAGCCCAGCUGCGCCACAAGCAAAUGAAAGAAUGCUGUUCCACGGUAGUCCCUUCAUCAAUGCAAUUGUUCAAAAAGGAUUUGACGAACGACACGCUUAUAUCGGUGGCAUGUUUGGAGCUGGAAUUUACUUCGCCGAGCACAGUAGUAAAAGCAAUCAAUACGUUUAUGGGAUUUGUGGUGGUACUGGUUGUCCGGCACACAAAGAUCGGAGUUGCUACAUCUGCCACAGGCACCUCGUCCUCUGUCGAGUCACUCUGGGUAAAUCGUUCCUACAAUUUUCAGCCAUGAAAAUGGCACACGCUCCACCGGGGCAUCACAGUGUGGUAGGCAGGCCGUCGCAAGGAGGUCUUGUAUUUCCAGAAUACGUAGUUUAUAGAGGUGAACAGGCGUAUCCCGAGUACCUGAUAACUUAUCAGAUUGUAAGACCCCAACAAGAGGCAGGUGGUGGGGAAGGUAGUGAGGAACGGUGAUCAGAAGAGGUGAGCCCUGCGGCCAGACUUUAUCGCCUCUGUUGCUGUCAGAGGCCUAAAACUUGCGGUGUGUUGUCCUAGGUUGUGUCCUAAUUUUUAUUUUAACGACAUAUUACAUUUUUUUUUUUUUUCCAUCCUACGGUAUAUUGUACAGAUGGUUCAUGCAGAUGAUCGAAAGAAUUGAUUUAUUAUUGUUAUCAAAGAUCCGACAGUGACUACAAAAAACAAAAGAAAAAAAAAAUCGGCAGUAGUAGAAACUCGUCGCAAGGCACUUUACUUUUAUUCCGAUUUUUACAUUCGGCUGUCAGUGCGUGAUCCUAGUAUUUAUUUGUAUUAUUGUUUGGUCCCGAUAGAUCAAUUAGAGUAAUAAUUGCAGGACAGAGAUGAAUUCAUAGUUAUUAUUAUUUGGAAGAUUUUUUUUUAAGGUAUAUCUUACUCGUUUGAGAUAGUAUAAUUUUUUCCAUUUCGUUCCCUGAAUAUUCAUCUGGAUUGUAAUACUUUAUUUGUAUGUAGAUAUUUAUAGGUACAUAUUAUUAUACAAUUAAAAUAAAACUUAGGCAUGAUCUUUGCCGGGACACAAACCAUACACGCGGAUAUGAGAGACACAUGAUUUUGCUAAAUCUUUCAAGGAUAUGAGGCGCUAUUCUUGGAAUAAUAGAGAAUCUAGUAACGAAUUAAACUGAUCUCAGUAGAUCUUCGACCCUUAGUUAGACUUGGCGUGAAUCAAUUGAUUCAUUAUCUAUAAUCCUUGGAUUACAUUGUCACAGAGACAUUAAAAUAAAUAAUAUAAAAUGAUGGUUGUUUAAGACGCUUAAUGGUAACGAGUAAUUCACCCAAGAUAAAUCCAAGUUCAUUAAAUGUCACGGUAACGAAUCAAAAAAAUACAAGAAAAAAAAUCCAGGAAUAAAAUAGAAUAAAAAGGGGAAACACGUUUCAUUAAAAUACGAGUAAGUUUAUCAUGUUUGUGAAAUUUGAAUGAACACGAUAAUAGAAUGAAAGCUUAGAUAGCCUUUACAAACGCGUGAUCUCCAUGUUAAUAUAUUCCAUCAUUAUUUUCACACAUUAACAUAACAUUAAUCAUUAAAAAUAACCUCAUUUAUUAAAUUGAAGAUUUGCCAGGAAUUGCAUUUAUCAGAUGCUACGAGGAUAUUUUACCUAUUUACAUUCGUAACUAUUCAUUUUUCAGUAUUUUCGAUUCUGUUCACUAUGGAGCAAAAAUUUGCUUCUCAAUCAAAUCAUGGUAAAAUUAAAUAUACCAGUAUGCUUAUCUUUUGUUAUGAUAUGGAAAAGAUAUAACAAAAACGUUACGACCACGUGCUGCAUUUCGUGUAUUUAAAGAACAGCGUAUUACAAAUCGUGUGAUGUUUAUACUUUUUUGGUAAUAGGAACUCGUGAUUAACUUAAUUACGAAUACUCAUAUAAAUAUUGUUAUUCAGUUUCACCGAACUGGAACAAUUUACUAAUUUCGUAUCUGGCGAACUAUAAUAAGAUUUCGAGAAGUAUCUCCAUGCCAGGCAUUUUUUUAUAUAAUAGGGACGAUCGAUCGUUAGUUGUCACAAUGCUAUUAUUGCUAAUUAGCAUCUAGAAUGGACGCUUCCCUUUGAUUAAGUAAUCGCUUUGAUACUAUAAUGGUCGUUGCAAUGGACCUUAGCUAGAAUUACGUCUCACAAUUAUCUUGAUCCAGUAGAAUUCCACUGCAAAAACUGCACUGCUUGUUUACUUUCGGAACUGUACUAGCAUAAAUUGAAUUGGCUUGCAAUUGACUUUGGAAGCGAAAACUCUAGUUCCAGAGUCCGAUGAAAUAUAACACCACUAUUUUUCAAAAAAUCAUCCAACCGAACAACAAAUUCUAAUCUGUAUUUGAGAUAUUCCCACACCACUCAUAACAUUUAAAUUUAAAUACUCCGUUUCACACUAAUAUUCGUACCAAAUUUCUUUUCACGAUUAACUUUUCAUUCUUAUUUUCUUGAGAUAAUAACAGGAUCGUCAUCGCAGCCCCUCCAAUUUCGUGUAUCAAUUUGGAGUAUUACAUCAUUAUUGCAUUCCUAUUAAUACAUAAUCGUAUAAUUGCAUGUUUAAUUUUCAUUUCGGAAUCUGGACCAACCGCCUUUAUCAUCUCAAUUUCAAUUGUUCUUAUAUUUUGUCAUUUAUUGCGAACGUUAAAUUCUUCUCUCAAAAUUCCUGGCAAAUCCGUCAUACAAUUUACCUGUGAAAUUUAGUGAUCUGCUCAAUAAGACACUUCGUUAAAAUAUGAAACAAUAAAAAAUAAAAAAUGGAAAUCAAAUAUUCCUAACGCUUGUCGGAUGUACAUUGAAUAAAAGUAUACAUAUGAUAAAGAUCAGGAAUAUUUAUCUCGCCAAUAUGGGUGAUGGUCGCUUUUAUUUAUGGGUAUUUAGCUUGAUUAAAUAUCUAUUAAAUAAGAUUAAAAAAAUGAGAAAAAUAAAAUAAAAUAAUUAAUUAAGCAAACAGAUAAAAUACAAUAGACGUACGAUUAUUUUUAAUAUGUAAUUAAACUAGGGUGAAUUAGAAUUCGGAUUUGGCUUUUAUACCUUUUCUUUUUUCAUCACUAGACACAUAGCGCUUCAAUAAAAAAAACUUGGAGGCCUGAAACUAGCAUGUGCGUCAUUCUAACUUGUUUAAAAUAUACGCAUACCCUAUUCACAAAUAAAUCUUCACGUCAUGUGCGCGAAUCAAUCCAAAUUCUAAAAAUAAAUAAAUUUCCAGUUUGUUUCUAUCCACAAUUUUGUGCAUCCGGUUGAGCGGAUAAAAUUAAAAAAAAAUCACAUCGAUGCCUGCAAACUUGGAAACAUACAAAAAUAAUGAAAAAAGAAAGAAAAUUGAAAACUGUAUAAAAGCCAAGAAUUUCAACGGAUAAUCGAUGAGUACGUGUGGUGCGGUUGUGUUAAAACACAACAAGUAUCUAAGUCAUUUCACGACUGUGAAAAUAGAAAAAAGAAAAAAUGAGAGAAUUUUUAAGAAGUAACAAAAACAAAUAAAAUAAAAACGUAAGAAAGAUUGUAUCGAAAAUGAUGAGGGUCGUGCGGUUUGAUAUAUCGUGUUAAUGAAUAAUGACAAUACCAAUAUUCCUGAAUUUUGACAAGUUUUUACCGUACAUGUUGAAAAAUUGAAUAUUGAACGGAUAACGAAAUGGUCGAAUGUAAUUUAAAUAUUAUAUACCAACCGAUGUAUUUCCAUUAACUUAUACUCUAAUGUUAUACAUAAUAUUACAUGAUAUAAUAAAAGAAUAUUCCAUAAG